AAGCCGUGGUGGUCCGACGGCGGCGGUCUCCUGCACCUCACCAUCCUGCUGAGCUUGGCGGGGCUCCACCUGGACCUGGACCUGUACCUGCUGCUCCCGCCGCCCACCUUGCUCCGGGAUGAGCUGCUGCUUGGGAGCGGCCCGCCGAGUCCCGCCUACGCGCUCGACCCUUUCCCGGCCUCGGGAGGGUGGGGACACGCGGACCACCUGCAUCCCAAAGGCCGGGAGCCGGACCCCGUGGCGGAGCCCGAGGGCCAGCUGCUCCGGGAGGUGCGCGCUCUGGGGGUCCCAUUCAUCCCCCGCACGCGCGUGGAUGCGUGGCUGGUGCACAGUGUGGCGGCGGGGAACUCCGACGGGGCCCACGGGCUGCUCGGCGCCGCCGCCUCGUCGACGGGAGGAGCCAGCGCCAGCGCGGACGGCGGUAGCCAGGCUGCGCCUGGGGGCGGUGGGGACCCCGGAGCGGCUCCAGGUAGCCCCUUGGCUGCUGGGGAAGAGGAGAAGGCGCCGGCGGAACCGACGGCUCAGGUGCCGGACGCCAGCGGGCGCGCAAGCGAGGAGAAUGAAAUAUUAAGAGCUAUGGGUCACAGUUCCCAGCAUGAGGAAAACGAGCAAAGAGCGUCAACCCAGAAGGAAAAACCACUACAGCGGAAGAAUGAAGAUGAAACUAAAAUAGCAGAUAAACCUGAGCGGGAGGCAGAAAAGACCACUGAAUCUAGAAAUGAGAGACAUCUAAAUGGGACAGGCACAUCUUUCUCUCUGGAGGACUUAUUUCAGUUGCUUUCAUCACAGCCUGAAAAUUCACUAGAGGGCAUCUCACUGGGAGAUAUUCCUCCUCUUCCGGGAAGUAUAAAUGAGGGCAUGAAUUCUUCAGCACAUUAUAACGUAAAUUUUAGCCAGGCUAUAAGUCAUGAUGUGAAUCUCCAUGAGGCCAUAUUGUUGUGUCCUGACAAUACACUUAGAAGAGAUCCAGUAGCAAGGACUUCACAGCCACAGGAACCAUUUCUGCAGUUUAAUUCUCAUACCAAUCCUGAACAGACCCUUCCUGGAACUAAUCUGACAGGAUUUCUUCCAGUUGUUGACCAUCAGAUGAGGAAUCUAACAAGCCAAGACCUUCUAUAUGGCCUUGAUAUAAACAUAUUUGAUGAGAUAAACUUAAUGUCUUUGGCCACUGAAGGUUUUGAUCCAAUGGAACUUUCUCACCUUUUUGAAGAAUCAGAUUCUGAUUCUGGGCUUUCCUUAAAUUCAAGCCAGAAUAGCACUUCUGUCACCAAGUCUAAUUCCUCUGUGUGUGAAGGUGCUAUUGGUUCUAGCAAUGACCUUGAAUCUCUUUCCCAUCAUGCCUUAGAAGGGGCUGUAGGAGGCUACUACCCAGAGCCCAGUAAGCUUUGUCAUGUGGAUCACAGGAGUGACUCUGGUUUUCAUGGAGACCUUGCAUUUCAACAUAUACUCCAUAACCACACUUACCACUUACAGCCAGGUGCACUAGAAUCCACUUCUGAAUCUUUUUCAUGGCCUGGGAAGUCACAGAAAAUAAGGAGUAGGUGCUUCAAUGAGACAGACAGAAACUUAAGCCGUGAUGAACGCCGUGCUAAAGCUCUGCACAUCCCUUUUACUGUAGAUGAAAUUGUCCGCAUGCCUGUUGAUUCUUUCAAUAGCAUGCUAAGCAAGUACUACCUGACAGACUUACAAGUGUCACUCAUCCGUGAUAUUAGACGAAGAGGAAAGAAUAAAGUUGCUGCUCAGAACUGUCGUAAGCGCAAACUAGACAUAAUUUUAAACCUAGAAGAUGAUGUAUGUAACUUAAAAGCAAAGAAAGAAACCCUCAAGAGAGAGCGAGUCCAGUGUAACAAAGCUAUUAACAUAAUGAAACAGAAACUGCAUUACCUUUAUCAUGACAUUUUUAGUAGAUUGAGAGAUGAAGAAGGUAGGCCAGUCAACCCAAACCAAUAUGCUGUUCAAUGCAACCAUGACGGAAGUGUUUUGAUUAUACCCAAGGAACUGGUGACCUCAGGCCACAAAAAGGAAAACCAAAAAGGAAAAAGGGAGAGAAGAAAUUGAAGAUGGGGCCCAUUAAUAUGUAUAUAGUCACGUUCAGAUGGAUCACAGACCAAUGAAACUGUUUCACCGUUAGCUCCUAAGUAUUAUAUGUACCUUUUAAGUACUACUACUUGAAUCACUGUUAAGUCAAGGCUAUAUUUUGAAGCUUAUAUGAACAGAAGUUUUAGACUUCAAGAUCAGACUUGUGGAAAAUCUGGGGAAAGCCACUUUUUAUUAAAUCCUGCAUUAUAUGCACAAGUCAUAAAUAUGUAUAAAGACUAGGAUGACAUGAAAAACUUGGUCUAACUAUCCACUGUGGUUGCCAUUUUUUUUUUAUAAGAUGGUUACUUCAAGAGCAAAUGACGGAUGUAAUUAUGUUAAAAUGUGUAUUUCAAUCUAAAGUAGCCUUAAUCUCAUUUAGUUUGUUAGCACUGAGUAUACAUAUAGUGAAUUUUUAAAAGCUAUUUUAAUUUUUAUGAAUACUUAAGUUAUAGCUUCUGUGAAAAUAAAUUUUAUAUUUGAACUUAUAAGUUAAAAUAAUCUACCUUGGAUAUUUUCCCUCCAAAAUACCAUUCAGGAAUACAGCUGAUAGCAUGUUCGAUCAAACCGAAUUGGAGUCAACACAGUAUGUUAGACUGGUAAGGAAAACCCCCCUUUGGAUUCAACUUAAUACUAUAUGAAAUACACUAAAUGGCCGAGCUCUAAACUAAGGUGCCAAAAACAAAAGAAUGAAGCUUUAAAAUAUUAAGAGUGUAUUAGGCUUUAAUGGCUGAGAACAAAGACCUAUAAUCACAGGUUUUGGAGAAGAGCUACCUGUGCACAGGGAAAUAGAACUCAUGGCCACAUAAAGCCAGCCUGUAAGGAUGGCCUCACAUCCGUAACUCUCGUCUCACCAAAAACCCUCAUGCAGCUUAAUGUGAAAACAUUACAAGCCGUACAAGAACACAAACCAACAGUAAUUUCACUAGAUAAGCAUAGACUCUAUAACCAAAGGACCGGAAAUCCUGAAAUCAUAUGAAACUGUAUGGUAAGAAACAAGUGGAUUUGAAAAUGAACUUUAAAAAUCCUGGAAAUGGCACUGAGAUGAAAAUGAGUUAACAUGAAUAAUUUCAAAUUGAGUGUUAUUUCUUCCCUAAGAAUUAUUUGCUUAACAAUGUAGAAAUCACAAGUCAAAGUAUCUUGGGUUACCGAAAUGCAGCAUUUUGAGUGGAUUUUUAUAAUAAACCUUUUCCUCCAUUUUAAA